CAAAGAGGCCUCUGUUGGAAAGAACUGGUCCAUAAGUCUGGAGGCUAAAAGUUCAUCCCUACAAACGAAUGGGGCAGAAACAUUAAAAACAUGUGUUAUGUUGCGGUUAACACUGUUGCGGCCGUGGAGAGAAGGGCACGAGACCAAGAAACUGUGAAAUCAUGGCUGAAAAGCCCAAGCUGUAUUACUUUGAUGGAAGAGGCAAGAUGGAGUCCAUACGAUGGCUGUUUGCAGCAGCUGGUGUGGAGUGUGAAGAGGAAUUUUUAGAGACAAGAGAACAAUAUGAGAAGCUGCUUCAAGAUGGAUCCCUCCUGUUCCAGCAAGUGCCCAUGGUGGAAAUGGAUGGGAUGAAGAUGGUGCAGACCCGAGCCAUUCUCAGCUACAUUGCAGGAAAAUACAACCUCUAUGGGAAGGACCUGAAGGAGAGAGCAUUAAUUGACACCUAUGUGGAAGGAACAACAGACCUAAUGGGGUUCAUUUUGUUGUUCCCUUUCUUAUCCCCUGAAGAUAAGGAGAAGCAACUUGCUGUAAUCGUUGAAAAAGCAACAAAACGAUACUUUCCUGUCUAUGAAAAGAUUCUGAAGGAUCAUGGACAAGAGUUCCUUGUUGGCAACCAGUUCAGCUGGGCAGAUGUACAACUGAUUGAAGCCAUUUUAAUGGUCGAGGAGAAGUCCUCCAGUGUUCUGGCUGAGUUCCCUCAGCUGCAGGCUUUUAAAGCAAGGAUCUGUAACAUUCCUACAAUUAAGAAGUUUCUGGAGCCGGGAAGCCUGAGGAAACCUGUUCCUGAUGACAAAUAUGUGGAGACUGUGAGAAGAGUUCUCCAGAUGUACUACAAUGUGAAAGCAACUUAGAGGAGUUAGUUGAAGUAGUUUGGUUGAGCACAUCAGAAUUAUAAGGACUCCUACUUAUUAAUAAUUAUUGCUGUGAAGGGCUCUUGUCAUAAAUCCCAUGCUGUUACAUUAGACUCCAGAGGUGCUAUGUGACAUUUACUAGGUGGUGAGUGGGCUGCUAAUUUAGGCUUCUGAUCAAGCUGCUAGUGGUAAUCUGUAAUACUAUAUAUACACACAGGCCUUAUUCCUAUUGUUUCAAGCCAAUGAAUCAAUGGGAACUUUGUAAAUCAAAGUUUAUGUAAGUUCCAUUGUUCCAAUGGAUCUAUUCUUAUUGGGAUUAAUAAAUGGACUUUGACUAAAGAGUUUAUUAUAUACUGAUUUUAAUUCAUAAGAAUCAUACUUUAAAACAGGGCUGGUGAGAAGGUAGAUCAGAGUAUGCUGGUAAUAGAUUGGCAAAAAUAUGACUUCCAAUUAUUUAACAGCAGGAGCAAUGGAUGACACAUACAGCCAUUUGUGCAAAGGACUAUGACUGUCAUUUAUUUUUGGUACCCAGAACAAAAUUCUCUCUCAUGAUUCUUCAAUAUCAAGCCUCUCUUGCUUCAGGAUCCUUUGGUUGAUAGAUCUUGAGAUUACAGUUGUUUGAUGUUGUUAUUUUCAAAGAAGAGUAGAUUUUGCAAAGAGAGCCACUGUGGUCUGUUCACUGCACAAGGGCUGUGGAAGAUCAGGGUUGGAAUCUUGACUCAUGUAUGGAAACCCACUGGGUGACCUUGAGCGAGUCACGGAAGAAGGCAAUGGUAAACCUCCUCUGAAUUAAUCUUGCCAAGAAAACCCCAUGAUAGAUUUGCCUUAAAGUCACAAUAAGUCAGAAAUGACUUGAAGAUGCACAACAACAAGGUGGUCUUGCAAGCUGGGCAUCUGCCCAUGCAUAUUUUAAAGCAUACUUUAUAUAUCUCAUUGACCAAAGCAGUAUCUUUCUUCAGCUGGGAGUUUAGAAAAGUUACUUUUAGGACUGCAAUUACCAGAAUCUCCUCCAGCUGGCAUGGGAGGUUCUGGGAGUUUGGGUUUUUAAGAAGUAAUUUUGCCUAACUCAUCAACUACUUAUCUAAAGUAUAUUAUUAGGUUAGAUGCUCAGACAACUCUUUUUCUAUCCAAUAAUAUUUUCUGCCAAUAGGAAAGGGCUUGUACUGUAGAACUGAGCCAAAGUAAGUCUAGGGUUGUGUUUCUCUUUCCAGCUUUUCUCUCAUUUCUGGUAUUUGUAAGCUCAGAUGACAAAAAAGGUAGGAAGGCAGAUAAAAGUGAUGCUUACUUACAAAUAAUUCCCUAUAAAAUCAAAAUAUGCUUAGGAGCUGGAUAUUAGGCUUCUGCAGCAUUUAUAUACAAAUAUAUUGUAACUGUUUACCAUAUUAAAUUUACAUGGGAUUUGUGAUGCUCAGUCAUGUAAUUAUUUCCAUGUACUCUCCUCUUGCUGUUUCCACAAACUGGAAAACUAAUAAACUGCUCUUAUUAUUUCACAGAGAA